AUGCUCUCGUUGUUAAUACCUGGCCCUAAGUCACCAGGUAAUGAUAUUGAUAUCUUUCUGCGUCCUCUACUCGAUGAGUUGAAGGAGUUAUGGGAAGAGGGUAUUCGUACCUAUGAUGCAUACAACAAGCAACACUUUAUGUUGCAUGCAGCGCUACUCUGGACAAUCACUGACUUUCCUGCAUAUGCCAAUCUUUUUGGGUGGAGUACAAAGGGCAGGAUGGUCAUCGACGAUGGUUGGCCUCAGAUCACAAUUGGAGACGGAAAAAAAAAUGCUUUUAAUGGACAUGAAGAGCACAAUCUCCAACCGUCACGGGUCCAGGGAGAGGAAUUGCUACAACAAUUACGUCAAGUGUCACAUGUUCAGUUGGGUUUGAGACAUAAUCUGGACGUCAUGCAUAUAGAGAAAAACAUAUGCGAUAACGUUGUCGGAACAUUGUUGAAUAUUGAAGGUAAAACUAAGGACUCUGCCAAUGCACGUAAAGAUUUGGCCAAUCUUGGAAUAAGGAAAGAAUUGCAUUUACAACAACAUGGAGAGUCUAUAACCAUGAGUCUUGGUUGCUACAUGUUAAAUUUAAAGGAGCGAAGAGCUUUUUGUGAGUGUUUGUCAAAAUUUAAAUUCCCUGAUGGGUUCACAUCGAAUAUUGCCCGAUGUGUCAAUGUUAGUGAGGGAAAGAUCAGUGGAAUGAGGAGCCAUGAUUGUCACCUAUUUAUGCAAGCACUGUUGUCGGUUGUGAUUGGUGGGUUCUUACGGGCCGAUAUGGGUCAAGCCUUACUAAAGUUGAGUUGGUUCUUCAAAGAAUUAUGUUUCCGAACUUUGAACUUACCAGUGUUGCAUCGUCUUCAUGCUAAUAUUCCCAUGAUUCUCUGCAAACUAGAAAUGAUAUUCCCUCCAGCUUUUUUUGAUAUCAUGGUGCACCUUUCUAUUCACUUGCCAGAGGAGGCUCUACUUGCAGGAAUUGUGCAAUACAAAUGGAUGUAUCCUUUUGAGAGGUACUUAGGAAAGUUCAAGCGGUAUGUCCGCAACAGAGCCCGUCCUAAAGACUCAAUUGCUGAGGCAUAUGUACAUCUCGAGUGCCUUACAUUUUGCUCUAUGCACCUCCAUGAUAUAAAAACUAAGUUUAAUCGAGAUAGUGAUGUACUUAUGGGUUCCGUUGAGGAGAAGAAUAGGGCAAGUUUAUCGGUUUUCUCACAAAAAGUUAGACCCUUGGGGACAGGGCACUCCCACAAAUUAGCCGAUAUACUAAUGGUCAAGGCCCGAUGGUAUGUUCUUAAUAAUUGCAUGGAGGAGCACUAUAACAAGAUGAAAGAAGAGAACCCUGAUAACAUCGAUCGUAGGCACCAGAGUCAAUUUCCAUCGUGGUUUAGGGCACGGAUUCGAGAGCUGUGUGCAGUUAGGCCAAUAGAGGUAUUCGACGACAUAUAUGCAUUAGCAUGUGGUCCAGAUCCAUGGGUCACGUCUUAUGCCGGAUGCAUAAUGAAUGGUGUUCAAUUCCAUACAAAAGAGCAUGAAAGGCAUCACCGCACUCAAAACAUUGGGGUUGCGGUGCAUGGCGAGCAUCGGGGAUCUCCUGUUGACUUCUACAUGGUGUUGCAUGAUAUUAUAGAAAUACGCUACAUGGGUUGGCGUAAGUUUUAUCUAUUUCAAUGUGUUUGGUAUGAUGUUGGCGACUCGAGAAGGGGGAUACGGGUCAGGGACCACUUAACGUGGUGA